AUGAACCACGAUCCAUUCGAAUGGGGAAGACCCUCAGACGCCGUUUUCGGAGCCUACAACACCAAGAUUGCCAAUGCUUCACCAUAUCCAAGUAUGCACACACAACAGCCAAUUGUGACGGGUACCUCGGUAAUCUCAAUGAAAUACAAUGGUGGUGUCAUCAUAGCAGCCGACAGCCUGGGCUCAUACGGCUCGCUCCUGCGCUUUACCGACCUUGAAAGACUGAUUCCAGUAGGGAAAGAUACAGUGGUUGGUAUUUCUGGAGACGUCUCCGACAUGCAGCACUUAGAGUAUUUGCUGGAAGAAAUGCAGACUGAAAACAAUUACGACAAUCAAUAUGCGGAGGAUGAAGAAGCGUUGAAGCCUAGCUAUGUUUUUGAGUACUUGGCUAAUGUAAUGUACAGCCGGAGAUCUAAGAUGAACCCUCUUUGGAAUGCACUCAUUGUGGCUGGCGUCGAAGACGACAAGCCCUUUUUGAAAUACGUCAAUUUACUAGGUGUAUCGUAUUCGGCGCCUUCGCUAGCCACCGGCUUCGGGGCACAUCUAGCAUUGCCGCUGCUGAGGAAGGUUGUAGAUACCGAAAACGAUGUAGCAAAUACGAGCUUGGAAACCGCACAGAAAUCCAUUACAGAAGCAAUGAAAGUUCUAUUUUACAGAGAUGCGCGCUCUUCAAGAAAGUACUCAGUUGCCAUUGUGGAUAAAGAAAAAGGCCUUAUUUUCGACAAGGACGCUAAAGUCGAAGAUAUGGUUUGGGGCUUUGCCAAGGAUAUUAAGGGCUAUGGCACGCAGAAGGUGUAG